UCUGUGAAAUGUCAAAAAAUAUAUAGAAUUGUUAUAUAUUUGUGGAAUGAUAAUAUAAUAGGAUGGCUAUAUAAAAUAUGAAAAUAUAAUUAAUGUCUGAAUAUAAAAAAAAAGUAUUUACAAUAUAAUUAUUUGUGAAAAAUAAAUGCUUAAAAAUAUUACACGUUAUAAAAAAGUAAUGUAAACAUAUAUGAACGCCUUAUCUGUAAAACUACCCAGGGCUUUCUGCAGUUGAGUAAACAAACGCCAAAAACAGAUGAAAUUCACACCCGCAACAAAGUAAAACAGACCUUACUAAGCUAUUUAAGUCCCACUGUUAAAAGAAAUAAACACAGAAACUUGAGUCAAAGACACUAUUUGGUCUGGAUCACAAUCAACUGCAGUGAGGGUGUGUUGCCAUGGUGACGCCAACAGCAGCACAUAAAAACCCUCUUAAAACGUGUGUCCUGCAACUUGCACAAAAAUACAUUUUUGUAAUCAUAUUUAAGACAGAAUUUGUUUGGAAAAUACCAGUAUAGAUCAUUUAAAAUGUUUGUGGUCUUGUUUAAAAAAAGGGGGGAGGGGGGAAUGACUCACUGUUUGGAUUUCAAUGGAGAAAAAUAAGAGAAAUUAGGUUUCAAUGUGAGAAAAGAGCAUAUUGUGUCCCACUGUAAUCCCCUUACUUUUAAUCCGAUUGUCCUUAAAAGAUGGUAAAACGAGUAAUUUACCAGAACUUGUUGAAUCUAGCUGACAAAUUUAUUUUGUGGGCGAUCUACCGAACAUUACAGCGUUUAGAAAUUGUGUUAUAAGACAGAAAAGUCCUUAUUAAAACACCCAAGAUAACUUUUUUUUCCCAAGAAGAAAACGAUGAGUCAGCCAGAGAGACUGAAGACGUUACCUUGGCGAGACAAGGUGGUGGUCCGCUCCUUCGCUGUCCCUUCUUUCUGUCCUUCAGGUCCUUAAACGUCGCUCUGUGCGAUGCAAACUGAGGUGCGUCUAUGAAAUUAGAUAUGUUUUAAUCCACCACGGAGGCGAACGCGGAGGAAGGCGAGGAGAAGCAGCAGAAUGGUGGGACACACACGGAUCCCAUUUCUCCUGGUCUGCACAGCAGAGCGACCCCUGCUGGACGACAUCGGGAAAACACCGGAAGUCGUGGAAAAAGGCAACGUCUCAUAUUGACUAGUAACGAGGAUAGAAUUUUGCAAUGCUGACUCUAGGAGGCAAGAUGGCGCUAGUUUCACAAAUGCUGCGUUCAUGUCCUGGCGGCAAAAGUCGGAAUUUCCUCUUUUCACCCAACACUUCCAAGCUGAAGGCUCGUGUUGCCAGGAGACGCCGGAAGUGUUUGACUGCCUCAGCGAUGGAGAAAUAUGAGAAAAUCAAAGUUGUUGGAAGAGGAGCAUUUGGGAUCGUCCACCUGUGUCGCCGACGCAGCGAUGGUGCCCUGGUCAUCUUGAAGGAGAUCCCCGUGGAACAGAUGUCACGGGACGAACGCCUCGCCGCUCAGAACGAGUGUCAGGUGCUGAAACUGCUCAACCACCCAAAUAUCAUCGAGUACUACGAGAACUUCCUGGAAGACAAGGCCCUCAUGAUCGCUAUGGAGUACGCACCAGGUGGAACCUUGGCUGACUACAUACAGAAGCGCUGUAACUCCCUGCUGGACGAAGACACCAUCCUUCAUUUCUUUGUGCAGAUCUUGCUGGCGAUGUACCACGUGCACAACAAACUCAUCCUGCACAGGGACCUCAAGACGCAGAAUAUUCUCCUCGACAAGCACCAAAUGAUCGUCAAAAUCGGCGACUUUGGCAUCUCAAAGAUUCUUGUCAGCAAAAGCAAAGCAUACACUGUUGUGGGGACGCCAUGUUACAUCUCACCAGAGCUGUGCGAGGGGAAGCCGUACAACCAGAAGAGUGACAUCUGGGCUCUGGGUUGUGUGCUCUAUGAGCUGGCAAGCCUGAAAAGAGCAUUUGAGGCGGCUAACCUCCCUGCCCUGGUCCUGAAGAUCAUGAGUGGCACCUUCGCUCCGAUAUCCGACCGCUACAGCCCGGAACUCCGUCAGCUCAUCGUCAACAUGCUCAACCUGGAUCCCUCCAAACGGCCGCAGCUCAAUGAAAUCAUGGCACUGUCCGUCUGCAUCGGACCGCUGCUUAAUCUCUACACGGACAUCGGAAGCGUCAAGAUGCGCAGGAUCGAGAAACCGCUAUCCACUGUCCAGACUGGUCCACAAGGCAGAGUGGGAGGGCGAGUACCGACCAACAGAUCCAGAGAUGGCAUGUCAGCAACAGGCAAGCUGCAUUCCCUCCCGCUGUCUGCAGUGUACACGUGGGGCAGCGGAAUUUCCACCCCGCUGCGUCUGCCCAUGCUCAACACUGAGGUGCUCCAGGUGUCGCUGGGCCGCACUCAGAAGAUGGGGGUGACCAAGUCGGGCCGUCUGAUCACUUGGGAGGCUCCCUCGGUGGGAUCCGCAGAGCUCAGUCUGCCCGGAGCGGUGGAGCAGAUGCAGCCUCAGUUCAUCUCGCGUUUCCUGGAGGGUCAGUCCGGAGUCACCAUCAAGUUGGUAGCCUGUGGCGAUCUCUUCACCACCUGCAUGACAGACAGGGGCAUCAUCAUGACCUUUGGGAGCGGGAGCAAUGGCUGCUUGGGGCAUGGAAACUUCAAUGAUGUUACGCAGCCCAAGAUAGUGGAGGCGCUCCUCGGCUACGAGCUGGUCCAGGUGUCUUGUGGCGCUUCCCACGUGCUCGCAAUGACCAAUGAGAGAGAAGUAUUCGCCUGGGGAAGAGGGGACAAUGGGCGCCUCGGGCUGGGCACCCAAGACAGCCACAACUGUCCCCAGCAGGUGUGUCUACCUGUGGAGUUUGAAGCCCAGAAGGUGGUGUGUGGCGUGGACUGUUCCAUGAUUAUCAGCACUCAGAGCAGCAUUAUGGCAUGUGGAAGGAACAGGUGCAACAAGCUGGGUCUGGACAAGAUAAGCGCCGGUGAGGAACCAAGCCCCUCCAAUCAGGUGGAGGAGGUCUACUCUUUUACUCCCGUCCAAUCAGCUCCGCUCAACAGAGAGAAGAUUGUCUGCAUUGACAUCGGUACAGCACACUCUGUCGCCGUGACAGAGGGUGGGUUGUGCAUCACUUUUGGCAGCAACCAGCAUGGUCAGAUGGGCUGCAGUUCUCGCCGAGGCAGUCGUGCACCAUACCUGCUGCCCGCCCUACAGAAUAUCACUAUGGCUGCUUGUGGAGAUGCUUUCACUUUAGCCAUCAGAUCAAAUGGCGAGGUAUACACCUGGGGAAAGGGUGCCCGCGGACGCCUCGGAAGAAAAGAGGAGGACUCGGGCAUACCCAAGGCAGUGCAGCUCAACGAGAGCCACCCGUUCACGGUGACAUCGGUGGCUUGUUGUCAUGGCAACAGCCUGCUGGCGGUGAAACCUUUGCUCGAUGAAUCUGUCCCGAGAUGACCCAAGGGACCCUGAUGGUUUCAGUUUGAAGAUCCCUUUACUUAGUAAAACCCAAUGUCGCUCACACUUUUUAGAUUUUUAACAAAACUAUUAGGACACCAGGAGUCUGCAGGCUCACAUAUGUAUUUUAAGUGGAUUUGAUGGCCCUUUUCUACACCAAACUCAGCCAAGCAUGCAUUUAUGGACCGGACUUUGUUCACCAAGAUGGAGACACAGAAUUGUCCGAAAUUGUUAAGCUUUACAGGGAACGAGUGGGUCGAAAACAACUUUGCAUUGAUUGAUCAGGGUUUCUGCCGGUCAUUAAAAAGCAUUAAAAGUCAUUAAAUGGACUUUGUGAAAAUUAAGGCCUUAAAUGGCAUUAUAAAACAUGAAAUCCAAUGUCCAAAAGCAUUAAAAACAUUUAAAUGAGGUGAAAUCACACAUGCUAUUAGCUAAUCACUAGUCGCCAAUUAAAGGCAAGCAUGAGUUAACGGUGCUAAAUUUCUUUGGCUUGACCAACAAAGCUACUUCUGCUGUCGCCACAACGCCACCACCAAAAAUAAAUGAAUAAAAAUAAAUUCUCAGAUUAAAUAGUCUUGUUAGCUAACUCAAAUCCACUAGAGAGUAAUAGUUAAUGUAAAACUUUCAACUAUUCAAGAUUAUCAUUGUCAAACACUUACAAUUGUGUCUACACAGACAGUAGUAAACUGUUGAGUAUAUACAGUGUAAUAACGAUUUGCAGUAGGACAUGGGCAUCAAAUUUGUUAUAAGUGGCAUUAAAAAGCAUUAAAUUUGAUUUGCUAGAACUUGCAGAAACCCUGUUGAUAACGUAUUGUCUGGCGGGGCACCUUGUGGUCAUCUACAUCAAUGCAUUUCUAGUUUAUUAGGAGGUGUAUUUAGUAUUUGCAUACAUACAGCCUAGGUCAUAACCUGAGUGUCGCAACAGGCGUGUUGCUCCAAACAAAGCCGCGAGUUUCUUCACGGCAGGAAAUCAUCAGUUCGCUGUCAUGCAGUGAGGCCAUUGUCUUCCCUCACGUGCACGAUGAACCACGAAAAGGCCAGCAAACCGGUUUCAGGCCCUCUUAAGCCAGCCGGCGAGUGAAUGAGAAGUUACAAACAGGCACACAAGCCCACAAAGAAAGAAGGACAAGAAGGAAAGAAAAGACACUUGAGUGUUUAGCAAGUCAUCAGUCAAAUGACCCAAACUUGAUGGAAGGUUGAUCCCGACCACAGUGGUCACAUUGUGCUUAUUGGAUUAGUCCUCCGGUGUACUUGUGAGUCAAACCAGAUAACGACCUGCUGUCAAGCGUUAAAGACUUUACGGUGACAAAGGGACUAAGCAAAAAUAAGUAUCUUAAUCAUAGUAUUACCAAUUGAUUGCAAAAAAGCGAAUUCAGACAUCAACUGCUGCAAGAAUUAAUAUCUAUGUGGAUUUUAGUGUAAAAGAGUAGCUGCUUCAUGCAUCCAAACAAAGGGAGGACUGUAAUGUGAUGCUAUUGUGCCGUUCAAAUGGGAGUAUUUUAGCUUUGAGCUUAAACCUAAUUAUACAAAAAAAAAACAAGUGUCCUUACUUUUUGUAAUGUGCCUCAUUAGCUGUUAUUAUUAAUACCUUUACAUGCCACUGCACUGUGUGUUGUCGUAAGUGAGCACUGUUUAUAUUCUAAUUACGUUGUAUGCACCAUUUUGUGUUUUUUAAUACCUCUCGCCCCAUGUGGCUCUAUUACCAUUGUUUCCUCCAGUGAUGAUGUAAUGGUGAUGUAAUGCAGUUGCAAUACAGCAGGUGAACGCUGAUCUGUGUUGUGUGUGUGAGAGAGAAAGGUGCGUGUGUGUGUACUUUUGUAUCCCUGUCAUAUAAAAGGUAAAGCGUAUGUUCACCGGUAAGGAAAAUAGUAUUUGUUAUUUUAAUGAAAAAUACAAAGAAAAGCAGUAAUUUUGUCUUUGUUUGUGAGGUCCACCGCUAGAGGGCGCAGCUCACCACUGACAGCAUGGCAAGCCUUCUCUAUUGGGAUAUGGACGCUCGGGUCUUUUCCUGCACGACCAAGCCGCGAGUGUGUGUAGUUUUUGUAUUAUUUUUUUUAAGCCCGGAGGAGGAGCGUCACCACCUCGAAGACAAGGCGGACGUGAUAUGAACCCUUC